CUACUGCUGACAGAGUGACUGAUGUGAGAUUCAACCCAAAUGCAUUCAGGGAGAGCUUUUAUUUAUGCACAAUUCCUGUUGCUCAGAAGUCUCCAACUAUUAUGGUACUUUGAAUAGUUCACUACUUCCACCCCCCCUCAAGCAGCCAAUCAAAAAAGUAAAGACUGACACAAGCGUGUGGGAAAACACAUGGUACAGAACAUACCAAUGCAUUUACUAUAAAAGGUGCAAGAAAAAACCCAAAUAACCAUCCACUCUCUUUCUCUGACAUAUUUUAACACGGAGUGAUGUAAAAGAUGAGAGGGGAGAAUUUGUGAACCAAGAAACCACUUCUCUUUCAGAAUUUGGUUCAUUUAUGUGUAAGAGGCUUUCAGAGAGCGGGUGAAUUCAGACUUGAACAAUGGCCAUUCAUAUUGAAGAGGGUGAAUGGAGCUCAGACCCUGGGCUCAGUGGGCUCAAAUUAGAGUGUGAAGUCAAAAGUAUCCCACCCCCACACAUCUUUGACACCACAUGUUGGGUAAGAUUGUCCCUAUGAUCUUGGAUACUGACUUGUAAAAGAAGCAGCUAACUAUAUACUGGACUGUUCAGAAUUUUUGUGUUCCCCAAGAUGGCUCAUUGCGCUGUCUGUGUCUGUUCAACUUGGCAACUUUAUGGAAGUCUUCAACCAUCCCUGUUCUGUUCAGGGAUUAGCCAGCUGCAAGGCCCAAGGGGAGGGGCUCCGCAUUCCUGCUCUGCACCUCUGUGUGUGUGUGCAGAAAGAGUGAGGGGCCCUCUGAGCUAAUUGGCAGCGAGGGUGACAAAGGUGGUCUGCUUCAAAAGAGAAAUCCUGGUGAGAUGUUCACACAGGAGAGGAGGAGGGGAGAAAGGGAGCGUAGGAGGUGGAGAACGGGUUAGUAGAGGAGCUUUCAGAUUUUGAGUUUGUUUCUCACGAUGUUCCCAUCCCGAGCUGUGAUGACGACAGCGGUUGCUCAUUUCGUGAGGUUGUGUGUGCCGUUUUGGUGAAGCAUGCGGGAGCCGAGUCAAGCGGGCUGACUGUGUUUGAGGUGGCCGUGGAAGUAAACACUGGAUGAGGAUGAGUGAAGUGAAAGCUGAGGGGAGCAUCAUGUCGUACCUGUCGCAGACCGAGACUGAUACCAGCUCCAAAAACUUGAAUGUGGUGGCCAUGCUCCAUAACUUCUGGGAGCAGAAACGUACGAGCCAGUCAGAUGGUUCCUUCAGUGAAUCGGACGGCUCUGGAGGGGACGCAGGCGUCCAGACAGAGAGCCUGCUGUUGUACGAAUCCGCACCCUCCCCUGGUCCCCCGCACAUCUGCUAUGUCACCCUUCCUGGAGGGAGCUGCUUUGGUAACUAUAAGGUGUGCGACACUCAAGCAGAAGCUCGGAGAGAUGCAGCUCGCGUGGCUCUGAUGAACUCCCUUGUGAACGAGCUGCCGUGUCGACGCAUCAACCCCCAGUUCAUCGCUCAGAGUUUGCAGCAGGCGGCCGCAGACAGUGCGGUCUCAAUAGAAGAUGCUUGUGAUUCAAGCACCAGUAUAGGCACCUACAGUUUACUCCUCCACUCCUACAUUGGAAGGACGAUGCUGGAGUUCCAGGAGAUGAUGACAAUUUUCCAGUUGUUGCACUGGAAUGGGACACUGAAAGCGCUGAGGGAAAGGCAGUGCUCUCGACAGAGCGUGAUUGCCUAUUAUUCCCAGCGAGGUCUCAACGAGUACAUGCGCAGCAGCAUGGCUCUGGAUUGGCUGGGGCGGGAGCAGAGGUCACCGGGGCGGCUCGGAGAGGAGCUGCAGGUGGCGCAGAGGGAGCUGGUGUUGGCCCGGCGUCGAGGAGCGGAGCUGCGCUUCUACAAGGAAAAGACAGAGAUCCUCAGCCUGGCUCUGAGUCAAGUGUACAUUCAACACACGUCUGAAUCCUCGAGCCCGACACCAAGUUGCACAUACAAGCAUGAACAACUACCUUUACACACAUUAUACAGCCAGGACACAGAGGUCCAGAUAACCCCACCCUGCAGUCCUUCAGCAACCCUUCAUAAAAACACAAAGCAAACAGUCUGUCAAACCUCUGGCAAACACAUGGCCUCCAACAGCCCUUCACCGUGCUCACGGCAGACUUAUGUGCCUUUAAAUAACUUUGAAUAGACUGAAUCAGGAGGUAGAGGAUGGACGAUCAAACAUGGUCAUUGUCAUCAGGUUUUCUGUAAUCAUAAGAGUUUUGUAAUCACAAGAGCUACACAUAUUGUGUUAAUUUGUGUAUUAAUAAUACUCUAACUUCAUUAACACUUUUUUUUUAUAAAUGUAGAGCUAAGACUUAAAGAUAUAUGUAGUGUAUUUGCUACUUUAACCACAAGAUAUACAGCAUUCAAAUUAUUUGAAUUAGCUAGUAGGAAAGGUAGUGACAGCACACUGUAGCAGUGACCCUCUAUUUGUUUUCAUAUGAAGAGCACUCUACUUAACGGCAUUACCUUUAAUUAAUGUUCAACUCUGACAUAUUUCUGAGACGUAUAUUAUCAUACACAAUACCACUGUAAUUUAGAAUACAGGACUGAUUUAAAUUAUUUAGCCUAUGUACUGCUUAACCUACCAGCAACUCAGUGUUUCUCCCUGUCUCACUCUUCCUGUCCUCCUCCCUGUCCAGUAUGUCAUCUGCAGCAUCAGUUUCCUCAGCAGAUACUGACUGACUGCAUGACAUGUUGGAUGACAUAUUGUUAUGAGACAGAGUUUGACAGAGUGUGACACACAUAUAUUUGAUAAUGUCAGAGAGCAGCUGGGUAGGAGAUAUACUCUUACAGUCCAAGAGCAUUCAAUUAUCCUAGGUCUGGGUAAGUACAGGAGGUGAAUGCAUUUUAAAGGGAAAUGUUGAGCUUAUCAUUGUUAUUAUACAUUUGUAAAUAAAUAUUUUUUCCAUUA